CGCCUCCUCUCGCUCCUGCCCCGCCCUCUCGGAGCCGCUCGCCGCGCCCGGCCCCUCCCUCCCGGCUCGGGCCCUGGGGCGGUUGUUUCUCGCCCAGCUGCGCGCGCGCCAAGAGCUCGAGCCGGAGCCUCCCGGCGGCUCCUCCGCCCGCCCCGCUCGCCGCUGCUGCCUCCUCCUGCGGGCACGAUGCAGUUUAUGUUGCUUUUUAGUCGUCAAGGGAAGCUCAGACUUCAGAAGUGGUAUGUCCCGUUGUCUGACAAAGAGAAGAAGAAAAUCACAAGGGAACUUGUUCAGACAGUGCUGGCCCGUAAACCGAAAAUGUGCAGCUUCCUGGAGUGGAGAGACCUGAAGAUUGUCUACAAAAGAUAUGCAAGCCUUUAUUUCUGCUGUGCUAUUGAAGAUCAGGACAAUGAACUGAUAACUCUGGAAAUAAUUCAUCGUUAUGUGGAACUACUUGACAAGUAUUUUGGCAGUGUGUGUGAACUUGAUAUCAUCUUCAAUUUUGAAAAGGCUUAUUUUAUUCUGGAUGAGUUCCUGUUGGGAGGGGAAGUUCAGGAGACCUCCAAGAAAAACGUUCUCAAAGCCAUUGAGCAGGCAGAUCUGUUACAGGAGAGCCAGAAUGAAGACUGGGGAGGUUUGUCUGAGGAUAUCUUAUGAUUAAGAGCAGUCUAAGGCUUUAGCCCUUUUGACCCCCCUCUAAAUUGGAAGCAGAGACCCCACGUAGUGUACUUGAAGAAAUUGGACUCACAUAAAUCUCCUUUGAAGUCUCCUGGUGUUUCACAUACUGUAAAUGUUCACUGCCAUCAUUUUAAUGUUUAGCUAAUGGUGUAAGAUGCUGUUUGUCAGUAUUAUUGUUUUGCUAAGUUGCUUCAUUCAGGCCUACAAGAAAAUAUCCCAUUUAAAGUUUUUAAAAAAGGGAACAAAAAUGUAAAACCUCCAAAAAGGAUAAAAGAAAGGGAUUUCAAUUCAAGACCUCUCUCUUUGGUGCAUUUGAGAAAAUCAUAGGUGACGACUUCAGUAAUUAUACUGUUUUAUAAGCAACUGUGACUUAAGGAAACAAAUGAAUCAGCUUCAGUACAUAUUCAUGUUUAACAGAAAGGAAAGUACAUGUGACAACUUUAAAUGUGAAAUGUAACAAUGUGGAACUUGGUUUUAUGCAACCAAAGACUUUUGUUCAUCUACAUUUUAUGUCAACAUUUGUGAAAAAUCUGCUUUUUUCAGUUAAUACAGAAAGAUUGGGAAUUAACUGUUUACUAUGGAAUUUUUUUCAUUAUACCAAAGAACCCUAUUAUGAUCUGUAUAUCAAACUGGUAUGAGCUGUUAAGGUGGCUUCAUUUUUUAGCAACAGAGCUGCAACCAGACCAUUUGAUAGAAAUGGAAAUAUUCAAUACAAAGAUUUUACACAAAAGUACAUGAGUUAAGGUAUUAAAGGGAAUGCCAAUUAUUUCUUACAAUCUGCAUAUUGGAACCAUCCUGUUUUUAACAUCAGUAUUAUUGCUUAACCACUGUGGAUUUAUACCUAGAUUAUGUACUUUGCCCUUCUGACUAUUCAGAUGAGUAGAUAGAUAAUGUAAAAUAUGCUGGGGUAGCACUUGACAUCAUGGAGAGGAGGGGAUAACCUAAAGGGAAAGUUAAAAAUGUGCAAUUUAAAAGUUAGAGAGAGAAGGUGGGUAAGGUAAUAUCUUUUAUUGGACCAACUUCUGUUGGUGAGAGAGAGAAGCUUUUGAGCUUACUACAUGUCAGGUCUGAGAAAUGUACUCUGAGGGUCACAGCUUAAAUACCAGGAGGAACUGCCCCUUCUGUGGCUCUGCCCAAAGCCCUGCCCCCUGCCAAGCCAGAAGCUGGAGCAGGUUGGGAGCCGCGGACUCUCCACCUGCCUGGGGCUUGGGGGGGGGCCCUAGAGCAGCCCAUGGUCUGUGUCCCUGCCCAGCGGGCCCCCUGCCGAGGAUAGGUGGAGGGCUUGUGGCCCCCCACACUGCCCGCGUGGCUUUUACCCCAACCCAACUCCGGGCCUCAGAGCUGCAGCCCGGCUGUGGGAAGAGCCACACAGCCAGUCAGCUCCGAGGAGCUGUGGAUCUUUCACCUGCCCUGGAUGGGGGGCCCAGGGCUUCUCUUUGACACCCCCCCCCCCCCAGGCAGGUGGAGGGUGGAGAGUCAGUGGUGCAGCACCUCCUGCUGCCCACACUCCCCAGCUGGGCUCCAGCUGCUGGCCCUGGCUAGGGGGGCCUUUGGUGCAAGAGGAGGGGCAGGGGCUAUGGCAAAAAAGUGGACAGGACAGGCCCAUCUGCUUUCAAAAAGUGGGAGGGCCAUAGCCCCCCCCCUCCUAUUCCAGCACUGAUGAUUUUAGUGGGUUAUAGAUUGUUGUAAUAAACCAUAAAUCCAGUGACAAUGUGGGUGAAAACUUUUCUCAAAGCGAUCACUCUAUAUCUGACCUUUCAGUCCUCAUCCUCAAAGGAAACCUGCACAACACUUUCAAAAAGUGAGCCUGGGAGCUUAAAUUCAUAACUUUGCUAGACACUAAAAAUCAUGGACUGAACAGACACAUUGAAUUUAUGGUUUAUAACAACAAUCUAUAUCCACUAACAACCCCCUUACCCAAGCUGCCUCUCCCUGUAUUUCUUCCUCCCCUAGAACUGGAAGGGUGUUAACAGGCCACUUCACCUUGAAUGGUCCAUUGAAAUAUGUAUUAACUGCUUAUGCUAUCUGUUCCACAUUGUGUUUAGCUGUGACUUUUAAGUACAUUUCUCAGAUCUGAAGAGCUCCCUGUAAGAUCAAAAGCUUCUCUUUCUCACCAACACAGUUUGUCCAAUAAAAGAUAUCACUUCCUCCACCUUGUGUGUCUAAUAUUGUGUGACAGACAUGGCUACAACACUGCAUAUAACAAUUUAGAAGUUUUUAUUUUGAACCCUAGAAACAAGACUAAUGGCUUUGCAUUUACUGGUAUAUUAUGGUAUGCUCAAUAGGGGCAUAAGCAUCUAUUUUAAAAAUAUUUUAUUAACCUGCUACAUUGAUAUACAUUAAUGUCCUGUCACCGUACAUGCAGGUGACAUCCAUUGUGAAAUUACUAAGCUUAAGCAAACAAGUGUUUGUAUACAGUACCACCAACCUAGUUUACGCUGAGGUCCUAUUGAAAAUUACUGAGUGAGUUUCAGCAUGUAAAUGAACAAAUAAGGGUAAUACACCACAAAAUGUACUUUGUUCAUUUAUUUUGACAGUUAUAGGUGUUUUGCAAUAUAGUCUACACUUUAAAGUAUUUAGUCUUAUGAGAUCUCUGUACAGAACUCUGUUCUGUUGCUGAGAAGUUAGUGCCAUUUUUUCUGCAAAUUAUAUGUGGAGUAGCAAAGUUCUACUGUGUGUAUCUGCAGUGAUCACAAGGUGAGUGUUUUUCUAAGCUUGCUGUUAUAUUGGAACUGACCAUAGGCUCCAUAACAUUUCAGUUUGCUCACUUGACGUAAGCAGUACCACACAUUUGCAGUAUUCAUAUCCACUCAUGUCAUGUACAGAACACAGGCCUCUCAAAUCACUAGAAUAUCAUGUUUGUAUAAGGUACACAAGAGCCCUGUUCUGCAUUUGACUCAUGUAGAAUAUGCAAAAAAAGAGGAUACACAACUGGUAUGGGAUGGCCUGCUGUUUGUGCUGUUGAAGUGAUUGACAUUUUAAAUGAAGGAAAUUCAAUCUGAAAGCAGUUUUAUAUGUGUUUAAACAAACAUGUUUCUAAGGUUUACGCUGUCACUUGUAUGUGCUAGGCUGGAUUAAGCUUUGUUGUGAUUGUGUCAAAACCUGUGACCACUGUCUUAGUAUCACAUUAAUUUAAUUGUAAUAAAUGUUCAUUUUUACACCA